AUGUGCAUGUCAGUUGCCACGUGCAAAGAGGGUGCUGGCUUGGCUUUCAAGGCAUGUAUACAACCCUUUGCGCGUUUGUGGGCAACGAUUUGCGCGUUUGUGUUGACCUCUUUGGUGCAAAUUCUUGCAGGUGCUGUUCGACUCCAAGCUGGCAGUGCAGGCCAAUGUGCCCAGCGGCCUGGGUCUUUCUGCGGCAAGGACCAGCUGGCCGACGUGGUCAGCUUGUUGGUGGUGCCUGCCAUUGCCAGUUCGCCCCUGGAUUGGAGUGGUGUGGGAGAGCCGGAUGAGAGAUGCUGGUUGGUUGAUUCGUUGGCGGAAGAUUGUUUGUUUCGGAAGGUCUUGAAUUGGAAGCCAGCUGCAAAUGUGUGGCAUUGGUCGGCUCAGAGUGUGACCCACAUUCAUGCUGACAUUGACAAGUAUUCCACUCCUGCUAAACUGGCAGCUGUUCCAAACUCGGACAUGGAUGAGCUUCUGUAUGCUCUCAAGUCCGCACCGCUGCUGUCGGACAAAUACACUGCCGAGGAACUUCGAGCUGAAUGGGUCAGUGGCAAGUUCGAACAUCCCAUGAUAGACUUUUUGUCCGGGAAAUCAGAGAACACUAAAUGGCACGAUUUGGUUCGCGACAUCCAUUCGGCUUGUGAUGUCUUUCGUGAGCUACUUUCGGAGUUGGACAUCAAUGCAUCAACCAUAGGAAGUUUGGUUGAAGGUGUGACUGCUCGAAUGGGAAGAAAGAGGUCCGGGCUGCUCACGGAAGAGAUCUUCCGGCGCAGGGUGGACGUGCUGAACAAGGCCGAAGCACUGGAGCUUCAGCUGUUGCCCAUCGAUGGCUCUCAGAACCGGACCAGGUAUCUCAGUGACAUUUGCAUCGGCCCCAAGCUGGCCUUGGAGGCAAUGCGCAACAUCGAACGGCCCGGGGUCCAUGACCAUCGAACGCUCCAUGGCGGUGAGGUCUGGCGCAGCAGGUGGAAUGCAGGGAAGACGAGGCUUCCCUCGUGA